UAUUGACAAAACAUUAGAUAAAAAUAGAAAACUGGUUUUAAACACGUCUAAAAUAGACAGAAACUGUACACAAACAUGUCAUUAUUAUGAAAAGAAUACUUGGGACAAUUCUGUCAUAAUUAAAGUUUAUAAUUGGGACAUUUCACGAAUGCUUUUGAGGACAGAAUCACGAAUACUGAUUGUCAUCUUUACAGUAAAGUGAUGUUGUGAUAAUCCGGUCAAUAUUUCAACUCUAAAAUGGGAUGUCCUCAGUCAAAGUCAUCGAAUAUUUCCGGCGACCCAAAUGACGCCAACGACGUCAGAAAUAGGACGGCUGGAAAGGACAGCGUACAACCGAAAGCCACCAAUGCCGCGGAGAUACCAAGAAAGACGCCACAUGAGUAUAAUGACGACCCUAUGGUAAAAGGUCGUAGUGAUGAUACUAAACCGCCAUCACCUCUGACGUCAACAAACGAAAAUAAUAAAAAGACAGCGUCACAGCCAGACGCAAAUGCAAAGGUUGUUUCUGCGGACGAAAAUCAAAAUAAUAAUAAAAAACAAAAGGACGCAAAACAAAAUGAUAUAGAUCCAAAUUUAUCCGUUUCAUCUGCAAAGAAAACUCCAUCUUCAAAGAAAACUUUUGGGCAAAGUGAAACUAAAACUGCCUUAGAAAAAGAAAACAUAGAAAAGAUGAAAGACGAAAAAGAGGAUAGCGAUCAAACGUUUUCCAGCGUAUUUGUAGUGGACGAUGACGCCGCAGCAGACAGUCCAACGUCAAGUCGAAGAGGAGGGCUGAAUGGCGUCACAGAUGACGUCGUAGACGUUAAUGAUGUUAAUAUCGGCCAGCAGGUGUCAGAAAUUACACUGGAUACUAGGAUGAAGGCGACCGGCGCAGAAACGUCAGGGAAUGAUGACACCGCCGUGGAAAUAGUGACGCCAGAGGGAUACACGUACAGGGAGAAGAAGAGCCCGUGGGUCGGGAAUUCCCCCGUCAGACACGUAAGUGGGGGUGAGAUCAUGUAUGGUCUGCCCGAGGGGGUCCCGGAACCCGCCCCGCCCAAGACCCGGAAGUCGGAGCUAGUCACGCCAACUACAUUUACCCUUGCAGACAGACUGGUGGAUGAGACACCAAACGACGCAUUUGAGUCCGUCUCAAAGUUGGCCGGAUACUUGACGGGCACUCAAAAGAAAAGCGAGCUUCUACAGGAUCUUGACGACGCCGCAUCCGCACGCGCCGCCGCCGACGCUGUUGUUGGUAAUGGUGAUAAAAACAUGCCUCCACCGAAACCGACACAGAGCAAGAAGAAAGACAUUGUAACAGACGUCGGAGUGCAAUUUAAACAUAUUGACGAAAACGCUAAAAAUACCCCAGAAUCAUGUCGCCUGGCUGUGGACCGUCUGGCGGCGCACCUGGCAUCACCGGCCGGAAAUGACGUAGACAAAGUGCGCGCGUUCUAUUUCUGGAUUUGCCACAAUAUCAGCUACAUGUAUGACAAAGAUAAAACGUUAUCAGAUCGGCUACGUUAUGACGCCACGUCGACGUUACGUCAAGGAGAAGGCAGCUACGUCAACCUUAUGACGGCUCUGUGCAAGGAGGUUGGAAUACCAGCCGUGACGAUACCCGGAUGUUCCAAGGGCCUACGUCAUCAACCGGAUAAGGAGUUCAAAAUGGAAGAGCGGAACCACAGUUGGAAUGCCGUGCACGUGGAGGGAGAGUGGCGCUUCAUCGACUGCACGUGGGGGUCGGGGUUCGUCGACGUCAAUGGAAAAUUUCAACGUCAAUUCGACGAGUUUUGGUUUAUGACGGACCCGGAGAUUUUUUGCUACGACCACUUUCCAGCGCACCCAAUAUGGCAACUGCUCGAGCGUCCAAUUGAUAUUGAUGAAUUUAACAAGAAGCCUAGUCUGACGGAAAAGUCACGGGAACUAGGAUUUCAGCUGAUUUCCCACAGGGAGCCGAUUGUUACGUUCGAUAAAGAAGUAGCUAUUACGUUCUCUACGGAAACGUAUCCGCUCUCAAACAUCACGGCCGAUCUACGCAAUGAGGAUAGAAACGAGGUCAAUCAGUAUAGGUGUAUGAGGCGGAUUGACGAAAAGACGUUUGAAGUUCGCGUCGUGCCGCCAGUUAUUGGGGAAUAUACGCUUGUCUUGUUCGGUAAAGCGAAAGACUAUCGCCAUGCAAAAUUCCGGAAGUUGGUUGAGUACACACUUAGGUGCGAAUCUGUGGUGCCGUCAAAGAUAACAUUCCCUGAUCACAAGAAAGCUUGGGGCCCUGAGCCAAGCUAUGCUGAGUUAGGAUUUGCAGAUUCCAUACAAUCGAUGUCAGUGUUUAGAUGUGAUGAAGCGGAAAUGACGAUAAAACUCGAGCAGACGAAAUCUGCCACGGUUAUGGCAGAGCUGAAAGCUGCCAGUGACAUCAAAACUGAACUUUCUGGGUACACAGUGAUGACUGCGCAAGAAAAUGCCAAAACUGUUCAUAUCCGGUUCCCGUCGGCUGGAUUUUAUCGUUUGGACGUUUACGCCGAAGGCAAGUCUGAGAAAUACGAAUAUGCGGCUCUGUUUUUAUUAGAAUGCACUGCUGACCAGACGACAAAGAAAUUUCCUAAAUAUAACGCUGACGCACUAUCAAAACACGUGUGUGAACUAAUUGAGCCGGUAAAUUACGAAAUCCCAGCAGAUUCUAAAGUUACAUUCAAAAUUAGGUCACGUAAUUCCAAAAACGUUAUGAUUGGCCUACCGACCGAAGAAUCGUACGGACCUCGCAUGAAAGGCUUGGGUGAACUUAAGAAGACCGGUGACGUAUUUUCCGGUCAGGUGACCACACCAAAGGCAGGAGAGGCCGUGUAUAUAUCCGGUACCGCAGCACCACCUAAUGUUUUCUGGAGCCGCCUGUAUGAAUAUAUCACGGUGUAGCGGUAGCCAUUUUGACAAAAUAGCUUCUGAUAUUAAAUGUAUCAGUAUGCUAUACCCGAUAAACGCACACCCUUAGCUUUGACAAGUGAUUCCGGUAAAUCUGUUGCCGCUUCCUAUGCGCGAGGUGCCCGUCUAGCAGGCGUUACUUGUUACACGAUAUAAAACCGUGUUUAACCAAGUUUAUGUCAGUUUUCGACAAUUUCUUUUUUUUCGAUAUUUUAUCAUACGUGAGACAGCCCCUUUAAUAUAUGCGCAUUUUGUCGUUUCAUUGAUAACAAAAGUGCAGCAAUUAGGUCACGUGUUUAAAGCUUGUCACGCCGUAUGAACAACGUGCACAAUAUUUAAUUUUAAUUAAAAGUGUUUGCCAUAUGGAUAUAUGUAUAUACACUGAUACUGUAUGAUGAAUAAAAAAUCGGUUCUA